GAGAGACUCAUCAUAGUGAGAGCUGCAAACUGUUACUUGAAUGAUGGGUUUCGCAGAGUUUUAUUUCAAUGUGGACAGCGGUUACCUGGAGGGACUGGUCAGAGGGUUUAAAGGUGGGAUACUGAAACAGGCGGAUUUCCUCAAUCUAGUGCAGUGUCAGACUCUGGAGGACCUGAAGCUGCAUCUUCAGAGCACAGACUAUGGCAGCUUUCUGUCCAACGAAACCGGCCCUCUCACCGUCUCCAUCAUUGACGAUAAACUGAAACAAAAACUGCUGGUGGAAUUUGUCUAUCUGCGAAAUCAUUCCUUGCAGCCACUCACCACCUUCCUGGAUUAUAUCACGUACAGCUACAUGAUUGACAACGUUAUCCUGCUGAUUACCGGCACAUUGCAUCAACGUCCUAUCUCUGAGCUCCUUCCCAAGUGCCAUCCCUUGGGCAGCUUCGAACAGAUGGAGGCUGUUCACAUUGCCCAGACUCCCGCUGAACUCUACAACGCCAUCCUGGUCGAUACACCGUUAGCUUCCUUCUUCCAAGAUUGCAUCUCGGAGAAUGACCUUGAUGAAGUCAAUAUUGAAAUAUUACGAAAUAAACUCUACAAGGCUUAUCUCGAAUCAUUUUACAGCUUCUGUAAAGAACAGGGUGGGCAGACUGAAGAAGUGAUGUGUCCCAUCCUGCAGUUUGAAGCUGACCGCCGUGCGUUUAUCAUCACUCUGAACUCCUUUGGCACCGAGCUAAGCAGAGAGGAUCGGGCUGCACUUUACCCUUGCUGCGGCAGGCUUCACCCAGAUGGUUUGACUCUCUUGUCCAAAGCUGAGGAUUUUGAGCAUGUGCGUGCAGUUGCUGAAUAUUAUGCGGAAUAUAAAUUCUUGUUUGAAGGUGCAGAGAAGAAUUCAGAUGAGAAGACCCUGGAGGACAAGUUCUUUGAAUAUGAGGUGAAACUCAAUGUGCUGGCGUUUGAUAACCAGUUUCACUUUGGAGUGUUUCAUGCUUACAUGAAGCUGAAGGAGCAGGAAUGUCGGAAUAUCGUCUGGAUCGCAGAAUGUAUAGCCCAGCGGCAUCGCACUCGUAUCGACAACUACAUCCCCAUACUCUAACUGCAAAUCACCUAAGCCAUGACCAGUGCCUUAGUAACCAGUGACCAAUGACCAACUGCUGUAAAUUGUCCCAGUAACUGACCCUCAGUAACCAGCCUACAGCAACUUACUCUGAGUAACCGCCUCGCCCAUACAGUCAUUUGUUGAUCUCAGUAAUCAGUCCUGAGGCAGCAACCCCUGGUUAGUAGACUAAUCAUUUGCUCAACCCCUGGGCUGGAGAUGCAGUGAUCCCAGUAAUAACUCCCUCAUUGCUAUCCGUCUGAUUUAGUGUGUCCUGCUAAAUUACCUCAUUUCAUCAUGAUUUGGAGUGGAUGCACUCUGCCUGAGGUGUCCAAUCAGAAAUGAGAACUAUUCCU